AUGUCAUUUCCAAAUAGAUCAUGCAAUCUUGACCACUAUUCAUGUUUGAUGUUUACAGGCACCCAAGAGGAUGCAGCCAGAGCAUAUGACAAAGCAGCCAUAAUGUAUCGAGGAGAAAAUGCUGUAACCAACUUUGAUAUUAGCAAUUAUACUAACGACUUCGAUGAUUCCCCACAAACUGAACAAGAUCCAUCAAAUGCUGAACUGAGUGAGAACAAUCAUGAUGAUGGCAUAAGAUCUGAACAACAAGAACAACAACAAAACGAAGAAGAAGUUGCUCAUGAAGUUAAAGAGGAGAUGUUUCCUGAAACACAUUUUGCAUCUUCAGUUGAUGAAGACCACCCUUGGAGACAUUUUAUGGAUCCAGAACAUAUAUCUCAUCUUCCAUUUGAUGAGUCUAGUGAACGAAUGGACUUGCUUUAUGAUUAUGGCUUUGAGGCUAACCUUGACUCCAUUUUCAAUGACCCCAUUGUGAAUGGGAGUGGUUGCAUGACUUUGCCAGAAUCUUCUUUCAUGUACUCCACAUCCUCAAUGAUGAACCCCAUUUCUGGCCCUUUGGUUUAG